AUGGCUCGGAAAGCAGCGGUAAAAUACCGCUCUUUACGGUCAAACCUCGUUCAUCUACCCCUUUCGCUAUUCGCUCAAUUGGCUCAACAACAAGCGCGCCCCCAAUCUCUGAUCCUGCACCUAUUACCCCUCUCACCUUCAUCAUCCUCCUCACGUCAACCUAAACCAGCUUAUCUAGGAUGGUCAGGUCUAGCAGCUUCUUCAUCUCUCUCGCAAGCUGGCAACGGACUUGAAAGUAUCGAGAUUGACCCGGAGGUAGCUUUGUCACUUGGAUGGACAGAAGGUACUCUGGUCGAAAUUAGUGUGAUACAUAAUCCGACGAAAGCACUUUCGGUUUCGGUCACCCCGCUGACAUCAGAUGACUGGGAAAUACUCGAACAACACGCUUCUUUUCUAGAGACUCAUCUUCUGUCUCAGCUGCGAGCCGCUCAAAAAGGUCAAGAAAUCGAUGUUUGGGUCGCGGGGAAGACAAAGAUUAGGAUUAGAGUCGACGAGACCAGUCCUUCCCCAUCAAUCAAAGAUGCUGUAUUGGUCAAUAUUGACACGGAGGUUUAUGUCGCUCCCAGACCAAGAGGAAUGGCUCACACAAAGACUGUUAAUUCAGAUAACACUGUGAUACAGAAUGAGAAAGUCAACGGCAUAAAAAAGACGGAUAAGGGAAUGAAAAUAAGAUUGAUUCCACCUCGUAUAGCUUCUGGAUGGGGUGCCUUAAGCCUUCCUCCCAAAGUCGCAGGUGAUAAAGUAGUCUUAUGUUCUCCUGGCACACUGAAGACGAUCAAGCGCAGACUGAAACUCGACAGUGACGUACUCGAUGUCAUAGUUACCUCGAUCGGUGAGAACGAUAGAGGAGAGAAGGCGGAUAGGUCUAUCCCUGUCCCUGUUGGAGACGGUCCAGACCAAGAAAAUACUGUCAGAGAAUCACAUGCUCAGCUUGUCGGAUGGCAGGAAAUGCCGGAUGGAUGUAUGACUGUUCUUGGUGGAACAGAAGAGUGGGAGAGCAAUUGGGGAAAAGUCAGAGUAAAAGUUGGCCAAGGAAAGAGAAAAGGCGGGAAAAGUAAAGUAGCCUCGGCUUUGCCUGAAACUUUGCCCACCUCAGUCUUACCUGGCACAAAGCAAACUAUCGACGAUGCUGUCACUUUUCUUUCUCGACCCAAGUCAUCUGGAUCGAACAGACCGCUUUUAAUCUUAGGAAAUAAGGGGUCGGGAAAAACAACCGUAGUUAAACAGAUAGCCGAGCAGCUUGAAAGAGAAAGGACGACAUUGACUGAAACUUUGUAUGAAGACGUUGGAAAACUAGAUCCUGGAGGUCGAUUGGGGACUAUCAAGGAGACCAUAUCAGGGUGGAUAGAGAAUGCUCAGUCGAGAGCACCGUGUUGUCUGAUUUUGGAUGGAUUGGAUAUCCUACUGGGACCAGAAUCAGAGCUGAACUCCUCUUCCAAUCCUGCCAUACUGGUCGAUCACUUCUGCCGCCUUUUCUCUGGCUGCAAUCUACCUUCAGGUGUACUGGUGCUCAUCACAUCAACGAGCAGCACUUCCCUUCAUCCAAUCUUGAAUUCGAAACAUCUGUUCGGAGGAACGAUGAAGAUACCGCCGUUAACAAAGGAAGUCAGACAAGACGUCAUACGUUUUAUAGUUGAGACGCGGAAUCCUUUGGGUUAUCCGCAGGUUGUGGACGGAUAUAGUGAAGAGCGACUAGAUUACGUCUCAUUGGGAGGCAGCACAGAGGGAUACUCUAUCGCCGACUUAGUGGAUUUAGUUGGAAAUGCGACUCAACAAAGCAUAAUACGGUCUACGAAAUCUGAAAACACAGCGCAGCUCGUAAUGGAAGAUUUCGUUCUUGCUCAAGAAUCUUUCACACCCCUCAGUCUGAGAGGUGUGAGUUUACAGAAGAGCGAUACUCAAUGGAGCGAUAUCGGCGGGCUGCAUGAACCCCGUUCAGUGCUUAGAGAAACGCUUGAAUGGCCAACGAAAUAUGCGCAAAUAUUCGCUAGUUGCCCGUUAAGGUUGAGGUCAGGCUUACUGCUGUACGGAUAUCCUGGAUGUGGUAAAACACUUCUUGCCUCCGCUGUUGCUCGAGAAUGUGGUCUCAAUUUUAUAUCCGUGAAAGGUCCGGAAAUCCUCAACAAGUAUAUCGGGGCAAGUGAGAAAGCCGUCAGAGAUCUGUUUGAGAGAGCCACUGGAGCGAAACCUUGUGUUCUGUUUUUUGAUGAGUUUGAUAGUGUCGCACCGAAAAGAGGCCACGAUUCGACAGGUGUGACAGAUAGAGUAGUUAACCAGCUUCUUACGGAGAUGGAUGGUGCACAAGGACUAAGCGGUGUAUAUGUAUUGGCGGCCACGUCAAGACCGGACUUGAUCGACCCUGCUCUACUUCGUCCUGGAAGGCUAGAUAAAUCGAUACUUUGUGAUAUGCCUUCAAGCAACGAUCGAAGAGAAAUACUCCAAUCAAUCGCCAAGAAUUUGAAUCUUUCAGCAAAUGUGAACUGGGAAGAAUUAGCUGAAAAAACUGAGGGAAUGUCAGGUGCAGAUCUUCAAGCUGUGGUCUACAAUGCUCAUCUGGAGGUCAUCCACUCGACACUGGACGAUCGAAAACCCGAUAAUCAGGAAACAGGAAAAGCCAUGGCAAAUGGCGUGGAAACGCAAGCUAAAGACAAGUAUAAACAGCUUGUACCUGACGGCGAGCCUGGCUCCGCAGCUAUCAGAGCAGAAAUGUCAGACAGAAUCGAGGUUAUGACAAAGAAUAACUCACGCAGAAUCACGGAUUCCAUUGAGGAUAACCGGAGAAAAGAGACUGUCAAGCCACUCAUCACGCACGAGCACCUCAUGCGGUCGCUUACUAGCACAAGACCUUCAGUCCCUAUUGCCGAUAGAAGGCGUUUACAAUCGAUUUAUCGAUCUUUUGUGAAUGAACGGGAUGGAAAGAUGGGCAAUGGAGAUCUUGGAAGAGGGACCGGGACACGGGUCAGCUUGAUGUAG